GUCCGGCCCAUUGCGAGGGUGACAGGAAACCCUGUGCAGGGAGCGCCGCCAUCUUGGACCAGCCCGAGGAAGAUCCUGAGGGAGCCGCAGGAGCAGUCGCCGCCGUCACCGCUGCUGCCGCCGGCGCGUCUGCACCUCUUGGCUAGCCCGCCUACCUGCCGGGGCCUCGGCCAACCGCCCCCGCCCCCUCUCCCGCCGCGGCCGCACUCCUCUUCCUCGUCCUGACGCCCCCCUCCCGCCCGGAAAGCUGCCCAGCCACCAGCAACCCCCCAGUGCCACCAUGGCAACUGCACCAUACAACUACUCUUACAUCUUUAAAUAUAUUAUUAUUGGGGACAUGGGAGUAGGAAAAUCUUGUUUGCUUCAUCAGUUUACAGAAAGGACUUUUAUGGCUGAUUGUCCUCACACAAUUGGUGUUGAAUUUGGUACAAGAAUAAUUGAAGUUAGUGGCCAAAAAAUCAAACUCCAGAUUUGGGAUACAGCAGGACAGGAGCGGUUUAGAGCUGUUACACGAAGCUACUACAGAGGAGCUGCGGGUGCACUUAUGGUGUAUGAUAUCACUAGAAGAAGUACAUAUAACCACUUAAGCAGCUGGUUGACAGAUGCAAGGAAUCUCACCAAUCCAAAUACUGUAAUAAUUCUCAUAGGAAAUAAAGCAGAUUUGGAGGCACAGAGAGAUGUCACAUAUGAAGAAGCCAAACAGUUUGCUGAAGAAAAUGGUUUAUUGUUCCUUGAAGCAAGUGCAAAAACGGGAGAGAAUGUAGAAGAUGCUUUCCUUGAGGCUGCCAAGAAAAUCUAUCAGAACAUUCAGGAUGGAAGCCUGGAUCUGAAUGCCGCUGAGUCCGGUGUACAACACAAACCUUCAGCCCCGCAGGGAGGUCGGCUAACCAGUGAGCCUCAACCCCAGAGAGAAGGCUGUGGCUGCUAGUGACCUCUUUGCUGUGGCCCCUCAUUUGACCUUUCACCUCUGUCUGUUGGAAGCAGUACUUUUUACUGCCACGUUGUCUUCUGUACAUCUUACUGGGUUUAAUUAAAAAACAAAAAACAAAAAAACAACUCUGUUGUAAAAACAGUUUAACACAAUACUAAACUGCUAAACAACUAGAUGUAAUCAGGUUAUCAAAGGCAAGUAGAGUAAUAAAUCUCUCCUGCAUGAUAAAUCUAGAAUUUUUUUUCCCCCUUCAAUUGUCCUCGUGAUAGAUAUGUCACCAAUAUAUGAUUUAAACUGAGCACUGAUGCUGGACUUGAUGAUUUUUACCCUCCCUCUUUGGCAAGUCAUUGUCUCACUGUACGGUUUAAUUUGAUGAUAUCUUCAGCCUUUCUCCCUAUCUUUAACUGUUUUAUGUUUGUUGUAACCAGUAAGUUCAUUGCUGUGAAAUGACUUCUAAUGGUAGAGAAGGGUUUCUACAACCGCUUUUGUUUUGUUUUGUUUUGUUGGAUAAAUUCCCUGUUGUCAGGUGGCAUUUUUCUUGAUGAGGUUUGCUUCUGUCUUAGCCUUGCACAGGGAAAAAUAUCCAUUUAUUUUUUUCUCUUGUGCUUAAUUAAUAGCUUUAUCUUUAUCUUUUUUUUUUUUUACACCAUUUAUCCUUUCCUCUUUAACAGAAAGUAAAUAUGUAUAAAAUUUGAAGGAACCGAACUAACAAUACAUCUUGUGUAUAUUAUUUUAAUGAAGAAAAUAAAUUGAUUACUGGCAUUGGAACAGUAUAAAAUACCAGUUUGUACAGUAUGACCUGUAUGUGUCCAUGUUUCUCCCUGCCAUUUCACACAAGGAAAUAGACACAACUGCAGUUCACAAGUAAUACUGGCUCCACCCCUUGGUGCUGGCAGUGUUUGGGGACAUUAUGCUGGAAAGAGCUCCUAGCGUCAGCGGAUUAACACUAGCAGAUUCUGUUCCAUCUUUGCACUGUGGCUUACCUGCUGAUUUUCUUAACUCUUCUCGUGCAAUCGACAAUGUGCUAACCUGCUUUUCUCUUUUUGUAAACAUUUUGCAUUAUGGGCUGCAUUCUUGCCUUACUGUAUAGAAAAAGAAAAAAGGCUGGGUUUAUUAUUGCACAUUUUAAGCUUUUAUAUCUUUAUCUUCUUGGAAUGGUCAAGAUUGUGAACCAGAUAGCCAGAACCAUAGGUCUGCUGUUAAGGGAUUUUAAAUUGUGCAUUUUUAACACCACAGUGAAAUGAGAUUAUCUCUAGGGGCUAGUUUAUGUCAUGUUGGCAUAAAUCCUUUUGUAAAAGGGAAAGUGUUUCUAAUGGCGUUUCAGUGUUUGUGCUGAUACAAAGUAAGUUAUUACUUUGCACUAGGUGGUUUUGCCACUGAAAGAAUACAUAUUUUAAGAGAAACAAUCUUCCUUCUUUAGAAAAGUUUGUUUUACUAAGUUCUUCACUUCUGUUGAUUUUUUUAAUUGUUUAUGGUUCAGUGGCUGGGGAUUGAGAAGUUACUGGAAUUGUAGGAUAGAUAAACCUGAGCAUACUAUAUAAAAUGCACUCAGCUCAACUGUUGUGUUUUAAAUACACAUUUUAAAUCCCUAUUUACAGACACUAACAUAAAAUUACAUCUUUCUGGGCUAUAAACCUGUCGUAGUUCCAGAGUAUUGUAUAGUCAAUGUUAAAUAAAAGCCAAAACUGGAAUGUGCAGAAAAUAGGAUUUGGUUUAUUUGUGGACUCAUUUUUAUUUUUGUCUCUGUUAAACUUUUUAAAGGAGAUUCCUGGAGUGGAUUGGGAUAUUCUGUUUGUUAGGCUUACAUUGGUCCAUUUUGCUUACACUGUUGCAUCACAAGGGAUUUGCCCAGGGACCAUGACCUGCUGGUGUGUGUAUAUAUUUACAAAAAACAAAACAAACAAACCACCUACUGGGAUAUAAGGUAGCAAUCACAAACUAAAGACUGCUUGUUUAGGUGCAAUACCCUGAUUCCCAAAGUUAGUUACAGUGGGUCUUAAUUGUUUUUGUGACAGAAGGAUUUAUUCAGACUGCUGUACUCUUCAUUUGAUGUAACAAAAUGCUAUUAAUCUAAAUAUUUGUAAAUAAAGUACCUGUAUCUAGAUUAAAUUAAAAUUGGUUGCAUUAUUUUCUGAACUAUGAUAGGAUUUAUUUUCUUCAGGUGAAGAGUUUUUUGAUGUUUAAAUGUUCAGUUAUUAUUACAUAACUGUGCUUAUUCAUUGUAUGAAGAGGUCUCCAUAUGCAGCAUAUAAAACCACAUCAAUAAGUAAUUAAGCUAGUUUUGUCCUAAUAUUUACAUAACUCUUGGAUUAUUUUCAGUUGACCCUCUUCAGUUUGAGGUCAGCAUGUUUGGUGGCUGGUAGUGUUCUCCAUUGACUGUACAUGGGGCCGAAUUUUAUUAUUUGCAUGUGUGAUCCCCAUAAUAAACUUGGGUGCUCAAAAGUAGAGGAGCAAAUUGUCCUAUUGUAACAUCGGUGUGCCAGACACUGGGUAGUCCACUUUGGAGAGAAUGCAAUUCUUUUAAUUUUUAACCCACAAGAGCCUCCCGCUUGUGUGGUCACCUGCUUCUUUGGAUUACUCAUUGCCCUGCACCCUUGAGAAAGCCCUUGGAUUAGUUAUUGGUGCUCAGUACUAUUUAUGCGUUAGACAUUCCAGUACAAUGUUCAAGUUAUUUUUCAUGGAUAAUAAAAUGUUUGAUGCA